UCUAUCACAUUGUAACUGUUUCAGGUCGUUAGUAAAACAUCUCUGAUCCGUCAAGCAGGACACUUCGAAACAUGGGCGGGAGAAAGAUCAUCAAAGAUGCUAUUCAUGGACACAUUAAAUUACCUGCCCUCUGUGUCCGAAUCAUUGACACGCCGCAGUUUCAGAGACUCAGGUUUCUGAAGCAGCUAGGUACGACCUCUUUCGUGUAUCCUGCGGCAUCUCACAACCGCUUCGAACACUGUCUCGGGACAUGUUAUCUGGCGGGGAAGAUGGUGAAUGCCCUUCGAAGCCGCCAGGAGGAACUCGGAAUAACUGAGGCGGACGUUUUGUGUGUUCAGAUCGCGGGCCUCUGCCACGACCUCGGCCACGGCGCCUUCAGCCACGUCUUCGAGACGUUCAUGAAGGAAUCCGGGAAGAAGGAAUCCGGAAAGAGGUUCAAGCAUGAAGAGAUGUCCUGUAAGAUGUUCGACCACCUCCUCAGCGAGAACAUCAUGCAGGAUUUUAGAAGAGCAGGGCUGGACGAGAAAGACGUUCGGUUUAUCAAGGAUCUCAUCGUUGGAGCAAAGCCUUCAGUUGAAGAAAACGGGAGAACAGCAUCCAAGGCUUUCCUUUUCGAGAUCGUGAACAACAAGAGGACGGGCGCCCGACGUGGACAAGUGGGACUACUUCCUCAGGGACUGCCACGGCCUCGGCAUCAACGUGACCUUCGAGUACGAGAGGCUGGUUCACUUCUCCAGGGCGGCCGAGGUCGAGGGCGAGUGGCAGAUCGUCUUCAAGGAGUCGGAGGCGGAGAACCUGUACGAGAUGAACCACGCCAGGAUGAUGCUGCACAAGAAGGCCUACCAGCACCGCGUCGUCAAGAUCAUCGACCGAAUGUGAGCUGGAACUAAGCUUUUCAGACGCUUGUCACA